AUGAGUUCCCUAAAAGCAUUCAUCCGCAAUGUGCGAGCCUCCAAGACUAUCGCCGACGAGCGAGCAGUCGUCCAGAAAGAGAGCGCCGCCAUACGAGCCAGUUUUCGAGAUGAGUCGAAUGAUUCGAACGUCAGGCGAAACAACGUCGCAAAACUGCUUUACCUCUUUACAUUGGGUGAGCGGACACAUUUUGGACAGAUCGAAUGUCUCAAGCUGCUCGCCUCCCCUCGAUUCGCCGAUAAGCGACUGGGCUACUUGGGGACGAUGCUUCUGCUGGACGAGAACCAAGAGGUAUUAACACUUGUCACGAACUCGCUACAGAAUGAUCUCAAGCAUUCGAACCAAUAUGUUGUGGGACUUGCGUUGUGCACGAUGGGCAACAUCGCUUCUGUGGAGAUGAGCAGGGACCUAUUUCCAGACAUCGAGAACCUAGUCUCUACCGCAAACCCAUACAUUCGCCGGAAAGCUGCGCUGUGCGCCAUGAAAAUCUGCCGGAAAGUGCCAGAUCUCCAGGAGCACUUCCUUGAGAAGGCCAAAGCGCUACUCAACGAUAGGAACCAUGGAGUACUCUUAUGUGGCCUGACGUUGGUGAUCAGCAUGUGCGAAGCAGAAGAGAUGGAGGAGGGCGACGAGGGUGUCAUCGAGAUGUUCAAACCAGUCGUGCCUUCGCUCGUCCGCAUACUCAAGAAUCUGCAGAGCUCAGGUUAUACUCCAGAGCACGAUGUCUCGAACAUCACAGAUCCAUUCUUGCAGGUGAAAAUCCUGAAACUACUGCGUGUGCUCGGCCGAGGCGACGCGGAAGUCAGUGAACAGAUCAACGACAUUCUGGCCCAGGUUGCGACCAAUACGGAUGGCUCGAAAAAUGUCGGCAAUGCUAUUCUUUACGAGGCGGUUGUGACCAUUCUCGACAUCGAGGCAGAUUCCGGCUUGCGAGUGUUAGGUGUCAAUAUUCUUGGAAAGUUCUUGACCAACAAGGACAACAAUAUCCGCUAUGUUGCGCUCAAUACGCUCCUGAAAGUCGUGGCCAUUGAGCCAAACGCGGUGCAGAGACAUCGCAAUACGAUUCUGGAAUGCUUACGAGACCCCGAUAUCUCGAUCAGGCGGAGAGCGCUGGAUCUGAGCUUCACCCUCAUCCGCGAAGACAACAUCAGAGUACUAAUACGCGAGUUGCUUGCAUUCCUGGAAGUCGCAGACAACGAAUUCAAAGCUACAAUGACAACCCAGAUCGGCAUUGCCGCAGACCGAUACGCGCCCAGCAAAAGAUGGCACAUUGACACCCUACUCAGGAUUGUUAAGCUGGCGGGCAACUACGUCAAAGAACAGAUCAUUUCGUCGUUCAUUCGACUGAUAGCUACGUCACCUGACCAACAGACCUACGCUGCGCAGAAGCUAUACUCUGGCCUGAAGGCAGACAUCACGCAAGAGGCCCUGACUCUGGCUGCGACGUGGUGCAUAGGAGAAUACGGCGAUCUACUUCUCCGUGGCGGUUCCUACGAAGACGAAGACUUAGUCAAAGAAGUCCACGAAUCCGAUAUUGUUGACCUGUACACGACCAUACUGGAUUCAACAUACGCCUCACAAAUAGUGACUGAAUACAUUGUCACAUCAUCAAUGAAGCUGACAACGCGGAUGUCUGACCCAUCUCAAAUCGAACGAAUACGGAGGUUGAUGGCGUCACGGACUUCCGACCUCAGCAUCGAAAUACAGCAACGAGCGGUCGAAUACGGCAACAUGUUCGGCUACGAUGGCAUUCGACGCGGUGUCCUAGAGAAGAUGCCUCCGCCAGAGAUCCGAGAGGAUCAAAGAGUCCUCGGUGAAGCGACCAAGCCUGCUAAGGACAAGCGGAAAGCUGCUUUGAAGGACAAAACGAGCAAGCGCGCAGCAAAGGCUCCUGAGCAAGACAUGCUCCUAGAUUUGAUGGGCGGCUCAGACGCGCCUACAUCGAUAACAAGUCCCACGAACGGACAGCAGAACACUGCCGAUCUGCUGGCAGAUAUUCUUGGUGGCGGCAGCAGCAACGUUGCUUCACCUCAGUCGCAGACACGAUCGCCUCCACCAACUCAGUCCAAUACUGAUUCGAUCAUGGAUCUAUUCGGCAAUGGUAGUGCGUCAGCACCGAAACCACAACCAACAGCCAGCUCCGGAUCGCCGUCUCACUCAGUGUACAACAAAAAUGGCCUCCAGGUAGAAAUGCAAAUUUCUCGAACUGCAGCAGGCGCACAAGCACUUGCCAGGUUUCGGAACACGACAGAUCUGUCAACACUUUCUGGUGUUGGCCUACAAGCCGCUGUGCCAAAGAGCCAAAAGCUGACAUUGCAAGCCAUCAACAAAAGUACACUCGGUGCUGGAGAUGAAGCGACGCAGGGUAUGAGAAUCGUCGCUGCGGCAGGGGCUCUCCCACCUAAGCUUAGGCUACGUCUGAAGAUCAGCUACACUGGCGAUACUACAGGCGCUGUCACAGAUCAGGUCGACUGGACUGAGCCGUAG